CGCCGAGAGAGAGAGUCAGAGUCAGGCGGGGGAGCGAGCGGUCGUCUGCGCUCUCGCUCCCUCUCUUCCCCCGCUGCUUCGGGGAGGGAGGCGCCAUGGCUUUGGGGAUGCUCGCCCUGCUGAGGCGCUUCUUGUGGCUGAGCCUGGCCCAUCACUUCAUGGUGGUCACGGCAUGCCGCGAAGCCGUCUAUGGCCAACUCAUCCAGGAAUUUUGCCUCAGCAAGUUUAAAUCAGACAUGGAAACUCUCAGGACGACACUGUGGUGUGACUGGGAGAAGACUCUUGACUGGUAUGGGGAACUUACCAACUGUACUUUCCUGGUAGCUGCAAAACUGGACUGUUACUGGCCAAACCAGCUGGUGGACGAGUUCUUUGUGGCAAUUCACAAGCACUACUUCAAAAACUGCGCUGUCUCGGGAAGGGCUUUGAGAGAUCCUCCGAACUCCAUUUUGUGCCCCUUUAUUGUGGUGCCCAUUUUUGUCACUCUGCUUAUGACGGCACUGGUUGUAUGGCGGAGCAAACGCAGUGAAGGCAUUGUCUAGAUGUCUUCAACACUUGGUAUGCCAUGGCAAGAUCUGCAUCUGUUUGUAAAGAAGUACCCCAAAAUCUCCAGCCUUCAGUUUCAGGGAACCCCAGGGAGUUGGAAUUGGACACUAGGUGAUCUGUAGUGAGGAACAGUUUUGUUACUCUUCCUGUGGAGAUGCUGACAGCAAAAAAGACAGUCUUUCUGUAUACUGUCCAAUAAUAGAUUGCAUCUUGAAAAAGAGACGAUAACCAUCAAUAUUCUCUGGAUAAUAACUGUGUUGUGGAAGCUAAGAAAUGCACCAGGGACUAAACCGCACUUCUAUAUAUCUGAAGCCCUCUUAUGCAGCCAUCGUUUAGUCAUGCUGGACAGAUAUCUUCUCUAGGUUCUCUCUUUCCAUUCUUCAAAUUGCUUUCCCCUUUUGGUUGCCUCUGGUUGUCUCUUAAUGUUGUUCUGCUGUCCUUUUGUCUGUACUCAGCCAUACACAUUUCCUUUGUGACAGUAGGCCGUUCCUUUGCUGGAUUUACAUUAUAGGUCUAAACGUAGUUAUAAGGCCUGACUAGAGUAAGUCUGUUGAAUCAAUGAUAUUGCAGAAGCAGUGUGACUUGCCAAAUUUCUAUUGAUUUAAUAGAUACUUUAGUUGGAACUAAAGAGCUCUGCACUGUUUAGAAGUGUGUCUUGCCUCAGAUCUGUUUUGUGACACGGGUCAGCAUAAUAAAUAAUUUAUUUAACAAAAGUGAAUGCAAGUUGCAGUAUGCAUUUUAGUAUUAUUUUGUGAAGGAAAGAAGGGAUUAGCAGAGCAAUAAUUUCCAGAUUUUUGCCUAAACAAGCAUAAGGUACAUAAGGUGAACAAAAAACUAAUUUUUCAUACUGUACGUGUGUGCAGAAGGGAGGAAAGAAUUGAGGUACUAAUUUGGGUAUGUUCACACUGUGUUGUAAUUGACUUUUUUUUUGUAAUAGAUUCAGGUGCAAAUCACACAAAGAUAGUUGUGCAGACAUUGACUGACUGACAAGGGAGCAGGGCGUGGAGGAAAGAACUAAUAUAUUGCUGUGUAUGUAUUUUGCUGAAUAUUAACCACACAAUGUAUUUUUGUGAGAUACUAUUCUAUAAGCUUAUUUUAAAUUAAAACAUAACUUGAGAAAUUG